AUAACUGUGGACACCAUCAAUCCCAAGGUGAGGGCGAUGGAGUACGCCGUUCGCGGCGCCAUCGUGACCAGGGCCGGGGAGCUCGAGGCGCAGCUCAAGAAGGACCCGGCGUCCUUACCCUUCGAUAAGAUCGUCAUGUGCAACAUCGGCAACCCGCAGAGCGUCGGCCAGAAGCCCAUCACGUUUUACCGCCAGGUGCUCGCGCUCACGGACUACCCCCAGCUCAUGGACGCGCCCGAGGCUGGGAAGCUCUUUCCCUCCGACGUCAUCUCCACGGCCAAACACAUCCUAGGGAACAUGAAGGGCGGCACCGGCGCCUACUCAGAGUCCAAGGGGGUCGCCGCGCUCCGCCAGAUGGUCGCUGACGGCAUCGAGGCAAGGGAUGGGGGGCACAAGUGCGACAUCGAGGACCUCUGGCUCACCGACGGCGCCUCCGUCGCGUGCCACCACAUCAUGAAAACCCUGAUUCGCGACGGCAACGAUGCGGUCAUGGUUCCCAUCCCCCAGUACCCGCUCUACUCCGCCUCGCUCGCUCUGUACGGCGGCACCCUCGUGCCCUAUUACCUCGACGAGGACAAAGAGUGGGGCCUCGACGUCGCCGACCUCAAGGUGCAGCUGGACAAGGCCAGGGCGGCGGGUAAGGAGGUCCGCGCGCUGUGCGUGAUCAACCCGGGCAACCCCACCGGCAACGCCCUGAACGUCGACAACCAGAAGGAGAUUGUGCAGUUUUGCAAGGACGAGGGGGUGCUCCUCAUCGCGGAUGAGGUGUACCAGGAGAAUGUCUACGCGGAGGGCAGGUCGUUCACGUCCUUCAAGAAGGUUGUCCGCGACAUGGGCCUCGACAUCCCCCUGGUCUCCAUGCAGUCAACGUCUAAGGGCUUCUACGGCGAGUGCGGGCGGCGCGGGGGGUACAUGGAGGUGUGCGGCCUCGACCCUGACGUCAAGGCUGAGCUGUACAAGCUCGCGUCCGUCGGGCUGUGCCCCAACCUCAGCGGCCAGGUCCUCAUGGGCCUCGUGAUGUCCCCACCCAAGCCCGGGGACCCAUCCUACGAGCUCUACGCCGCGGAACGCGACGCGAUCCUCUCGUCGCUCAAGCGCAGGGCGCUCAAGCUCGUCUCGGGUCUCAACGCGCUGGAGGGCGUGACCUGCAACGAGGCGCAGGGUGCGAUGUACGCGUUUCCCAAGGUUUCCCUCCCGGAGAAGUUCGUGGCUGAGGCGACGGCCAGCGGCAAGAUGGCGCCCGACGCGCUGUACUGCAUGAAGCUACUCGAGGCCACGGGAAUCGUGGUGGUGCCCGGAAGCGGGUUCGGCCAGGUGGAGGGCACCUGGCACUUCCGCACCACCUUCCUCCCGUCAGAGGAGGACAUUGGCGGCGUCGUCGAGAAGCUCGCCAAGUUUCACGCCGAGUUCAUGGACACGUACAGGUGAAUUCGCGAUUGACGAAUCGAUUGACGAAUCGAUUGACGACGCGUCGAUUGAUGGGUUCAUCAUCAUCGGGUAUCGAGGCGACGGGGUAGGGGUCCCUCCGACGGUAGGGCCCCCGGACCACACGGGGGUUGGGAGUUGUAGACACACCAGUUGGGAAAAAGAACCAAAGCAACUUCGAUAAA